UUUGAUGCGGGGCUCAUUUUCAUAACUCGGCGGCGGCUGUCGAGUCUCGCUUCGCUUCUCGUCCCAAACGGGCUGCUUGAAUUUCGCUUUGGACAUGGGCCGCUGCGGACUGCUCAGCCGCCUCUGGCUGUAAUCCCGGGAGAGGCAGGGGAGGCUGGGCCAUCCCGGGCGUCUCUUUCCUGGCUACGAUCAACUUUUAUUCUGGGCUUCAAGUCCCCACAAUGAAGUUUUUACUGGCAAUUGUUGUGGUUGCUUUUUUCUCCUUAUAUGUUGAAGAGGUCUGUUCCAAAGAGAAAUCUUCAAAGAAAGGAAAAGGGAAAAAGAAGCAAUAUCUCUGUCCUUCACAGCAAUCAGCUGAAGACCUUGCAAGAGUACCUGCUAAUUCUACAAGCAACAUCUUAAAUAGACUUCUGGUUAGUUACGAUCCCAGGAUAAGGCCAAAUUUCAAAGGAAUUCCAGUGGAUGUAGCAGUGAAUAUUUUCAUUAACAGUUUUGGAUCAAUACAAGAGACAACUAUGGAUUAUAGGGUUAACAUCUUCUUAAGACAGAAAUGGAAUGAUCCUCGACUUAAGCUGCCCACUGACUGGAAAGGAUCUGAAUCACUAACAGUGGAUCCUACCAUGUUUAAAUGUCUGUGGAAGCCUGAUCUAUUCUUUGCAAAUGAAAAGAAUGCUAACUUCCAUGAUGUCACUCAAGAAAAUAUUCUCCUAUUUAUAUUCCGUGAUGGAGACGUCCUAGUCAGCAUGAGAUUAUCUAUUACUCUCUCAUGCCCGUUGGAUUUAACUUUGUUUCCUAUGGAUACACAGCGUUGCAAAAUGCAAUUGGAGAGCUUUGGUUACACUACUGAUGAUUUACGAUUUAUCUGGCAAUCUGGUGAUCCUGUUCAACUGGAGAAAAUUGCUUUGCCCCAAUUUGAUAUUAAGAAAGAAGAUAUUGAAUAUGGCAACUGUACCAAAUACUACAAAGGGACUGGCUAUUACACAUGUGUAGAAGUGAUCUUUACUCUGAGAAGACAAGUUGGCUUUUACAUGAUGGGUGUCUAUGCUCCUACACUGCUAAUUGUUGUACUUUCAUGGCUAUCAUUCUGGAUCAAUCCUGAUGCAAGUGCUGCAAGAGUGCCAUUGGGCAUCUUUUCAGUGCUCAGCUUGGCAUCAGAAUGUACUACCCUUGCUGCUGAACUCCCCAAAGUGUCUUAUGUGAAGGCCUUAGAUGUAUGGCUGAUUGCAUGCCUUCUCUUUGGAUUUGCUUCAUUGGUUGAGUAUGCAGUAGUCCAAGUCAUGCUGAACAAUCCGAAGCGAAUUGAAGCUGAAAAAGCAAAGAUUGCUAAGGCAGAGCAAGCAGAAGGGAAAGGUGGAAAUGCAGCUAAAAAGAAUACUGUGAAUGGCACAGGCACCCCCGUGCACAUCAGUACUUUACAG